AUGACGACUAAGAUUGACGGCUUUGACGCCCACGCGGCAAACGAGAUGGAAGAGCUGGGCCAUGCGGACUUCCAGGAUGACACCUAUAUCGACCCAGCAGCCGAAAAAGCCCUCCUCCGCAAGCUGGACAUGUGGAUCAUCCCGCCCGUCAUGCUCCUGUAUCUUCUCAGUUUCCUCGACCGCGUCAACAUUGGCAACGCGCGCUUGUACGGCCUCGAGGAAGAUCUCGGUCUGACGGGAAGCCAGUAUCAGAUCGCUGUCUCGCUGCUCUUCGUCACCUACAUUCUCUCCGAGCUGCCCUCCAACUUGGUCAUUAAGAAGUUUACACCCUCGCGAUGGAUCUCGUUUAUAACCACGGCCUGGGGAAUCGUUGCAACCUUGACCGGCAUCGUGCAGAGCUACCAGGGCCUCAUCGCUUGCCGCAUCAUCCUCGGCGCCCUCGAAGGCGGUCUAUUUCCCGGUCUUACCAUAUAUCUCACUAUGUUCUAUACGAAACGCGAAUAUGCCCUCCGAAUUGGUUACCUCUUUGUCUCCGCCGCCAUCGCCGGCUCCAUGGGCGGACUCCUCGCCUACGCCAUCGGCCACAUAGACGGUGUUGCUGGCCUGCGCGGUUGGAGAUGGAUCAUUAUCCUCGAAGGCAUUCCCACCGUCAUCCUCGGCAUCUCCAUCUGGUUCUGGCUCGCUGACACACCGGACUCUGCCCGGUAUCUGACCAUUCAGGAACGUGAGCUUAUUGAUCUUCGAAUGCGGCAGCAGAUUGGCCACACCAAGUCUUCGAGUCAGAUGCAUAAAAAGGACGUAUACGAGGGCCUUAAGGAUUGGAAGAUCUGGCUCUUUUGCGUCGGCCAAUUUGGCGGUGACGCUAUUCUUUAUGGGUACUCGACUUUCUUGCCGACCAUUAUUCGUGGCCUUGGACAUUGGAGUGCCGCUCAGGUGCAGGCUCUCACCAUUCCUUGCUAUGCAUUGGGCGCCAUCAGCUACCUCAUUGUUGCGUGGCUCUCAGACAGGAGCCAGCGUCGUGCCGGUUUCACCGCGAUGUUUGGCCUCAUCUGUACAGCCGGAUACGCCAUUCUUGUUAGUAAUUCUCCGGGAGGUGUCCGCUACUUUGGUUGCUUCCUUGUUGCUAUGGGCCUGUAUGUCGUGGUUGGUCUCCCGCUUGCAUGGCUUCCGAGCAACAAUCCUCGGUACGGCAAACGUACAGUUGCAACUGGUCUGCAGCUCACAAUUGGCAAUUCUGCCGGUAUUCCGGCUCCAUUUCUGUAUCCGACCACCGAUGGUCCCCGGUUCGUCAAGGGACAUGCCAUCUCUAUGGCCCUAAUUGCCAUGUCUACGGUCAUAUAUCUCGCCUUCUGGGCCUGGUUUCGUCGCCAGAACCAGAGGAAGAAGUCUGGAAAAGAGGAUUAUAGAAUACAGGGUCUCACAGAGGAGGAGGCUGAGGAGCUUGGGGAGCAUAACCCUCAGUUUUACUAUACCUAUUAA